AUGUCGUCCGUUAGCAUUAAGAGCACUUUUGUGCUUCUAGGCAUGAGCGCUUUGAGCCUUUCUGCCACAAUCCCUCUCCGUCGCAGCAACACUACCAGCAGCGAUUCUGAAACGGUUCGCCUCAUGGCCUCGACUCCUCAACUGGAGUACGACCCGCAGACCACGGCGAAUUGUACUUGGUGGUAUGACAAUACCCAGGCUACGAACUGCAAUGAUUUGCUGGCCACCUUUGAGACUGUUCCUAGCCCGACUGACCCCGAGACUCCUCCGGCGACAACCACUGCUCCGUCCAAUGGCAUCACUCUCGCUAACUUCCUCGCCUGGAACAAGGGGGCUGGCAGCAACUGCGGCGGACUCUGGGCAGAUGCUUACGCCUGCGUUGGCGUUGUUGGAGGCAGCACUACCCCGACCAACCCUGGCAAUGGCGUCCAGACGCCGACGCCAAUUCAGAGCGGCAUGACAACCAAAUGCAAGAGCUUCCACUUUGUCGAGUCGGGACAGACCUGCGCGGCUAUUGCACCAAAGUACGGCGUCACUGUCGCCAGCCUAAUCUCUUGGAACCCUGCGGUUGGAUCGGGCUGCAAUGGCAUGUGGGCUGAGACUUACCUGUGCGUUGCUGUCUUGUAA